CCCGAGCUCACGAAGUCACGAACACGAGGCGAUAUAAAAACGUGGCCUCAACCUCAUCUCCCCCAAAUCCCCCAUUUCACAAUCCCCGCUCCCGUCGGAAAAGGGACAGGCCCCCACCCUCCGCCGCCGCGCCCUUCGAUCUCCACCGCCCUACUCCUCACCAUCCAUCCCCUCUUUCGUGCUUGUCCUCCAAGUAAAAGUUAAUGGAGGUAUGAAGUGGAUUUCUUGGAAAAGUUAUCGAAGGGAACUUUUGACAAUCACCUGCUGUGGGGUAUUCAGAUUUUGCUAAAGAUGGCAAGAAGUACCAAAAGCCAUCACCGACGUUCAUCUCAUAAGGUCAGGUUAACUCCAUAUCCCUUACCUUCUUUCCACCGGAAAAAUCCAAGAGCGGAGGAAAAUCCAAGGAAAGCAUCAUUGGCCUUAGAGAAGAAGGACUGGGAAGAUGCAAUCUGCCCUGUAUGCAUGGAGUUCCCACACUAUGCUGUCCUCCUCCUCUGCUCGUCUCAUGACAAGGGCUGCCGCCCUUACAUGUGUGGGACCACCUACCACUUUUCCAACUGCCUUGACCAAUUCCAGAAGGCAUAUGCUAAAGAGAUAUCCACUCAUGAUGAGUCUGUGGCACAAAACCUGAGCCAUGGUUUGUCAGCAUGGAAGAAAUCUGAGGUAAUGGAGCUAACAUGCCCUCUAUGUCGCGGGCAGGUGAAGGGAUGGACUGUGGUGGAACCAGCACGAGAACAUCUCAACAGGAAGAAGAGAAGCUGCAUGCAGGACAAUUGCUCAUUCACUGGGACAUACAAAGAGCUUCAGAAGCAUGUGGAAGCUGAGCAUCCAUUUGCAGAGCCUCGUGCAGUGGACCCUGCGCAUGAACAGAAAUGGAGAGCACUGGAGUACCAGCAUGAGCGGGCAGAUGUGCUCAGUACAAUAAGGUCAUCGAUGCCAAGGGCAGUGGUGUUUGGGGAUUAUGUAAUAGACAUGGAUGAUAGUGAACGUGAGACUGAUGAUGAUGGGAAUGGAAUAUUUGAAGGAAAUAGGAGUAUUAUUUAUUUGAUACUUCGGGAGGCUGCUCGUCUUGGGAGGCAAAACAGAAUUACUGGUGUAUCUGAGGUCAGGGAAGAAGGUGAUGGUCUUGUUCCUGUCAUGGCUACUGCUGGUGGUGCUGCUGCUGAUUUGACUGUUGAUCAUCCCUCAGAGGAAUAUGAUGUAAGCAUCAUGGAUGCAAUCAGAUCUGGCAGACAGCAGAGGCGGCGGCAGCUGCAGCAGCGGCGCCGCAGGAGACGAGGGAGAAGCGUAAGCUGAAGAAGGAUCAAGAUGGCACUGAAGAUCCUGAUUGGCUGGUUAAGUGGAGGAAUUUCACAUUUAAGAUGUUUAGUUCCCAGAUAUGUUUGAAUCAUCUUCUGUUUUUUUUUUAUUCAAAUUAUGUUCAUUUACUAUAGGCAUUGUUCAGUAUUUAGUAUCUAUGUCAAUGAUUCACCUAGUUUCAAGAGAUGAUUGCAGUGGCAGCCCAGAAAGCAUUGAUAAAUCCAGAUAAAUGUGGUUGGUUGGCAUUUGCAUAUUCCAGUCAUAAUCCAUGGCUGAAUCCACAAACGGACUCUCAUCUGAUUUCUGGUUUUAGUUCAAUUUGGAAUUAGUCUGUUUCUGUCCUUCAAAUA